CACGCACGUGAAAAAUGCGAAGUACGGCCCGUCAACAUUUUGUUACACGAAAUCGACCAGUGUCUUCGUGGCCAUUUAUUCCCCUACAUUAAACUAAUUUUCAAACAAAACCAUGGCAUCAAAAGCAAAGAUAAAGGCUCCAGAAAAUUUAGACGAGCUAAUUCGAGAAUUGCAUGAGGUUUUUGAAAGCGAUCGAGUGGACAUCGACCAAGUCAAAACGUUGAUGGAAAGCUACCGGUCGAACCAAGACGACUGGCAAAAAUACGCAAAUUAUGAUCCAUUUAGGUAUACGAGAAAUCUUGUCGACGAAGGCAACGGGAAAUUCAAUUUGAUUGUACUUUGCUGGGGUGAAGGACAGGGAAGCUCCAUUCACGAUCACACAGACUCACACUGUUUUCUGAAAGUCCUGGAUGGAAAACUAAAAGAAACAUUAUUUGAAUGGCCAUCAGAGAGUGAACCAGAAAAACCUCUUGCUGUCAAAGGGGUCAGUUACGUUGAUCGAGAUGAAGUGGCUUACAUUAACGAUUCUAUUGGCCUUCACCGCAUGGAAAACACCAGUCACUCAGAUACUGCCUGUUCAUUACAUCUCUACUGCCCUCCAUUUGACAUGUGCAACUCUUUUGACCAAAGAACCGGGCACAAACGGAAAUGCAAAGUCACAUUUUGGUCGAAAUAUGGAGAGAGGACACCAUUUACUCCUGGGUGUUAAUUGGAAUAUGUUGCUGCCUUUAAAUGAAGAAUAACUUUUCUUUUUAUGUAAAUAUAACUUAAAAUGGAUUUGGAUGUGCAAAUAGUUUUAUCUGUUACCUAAUUUGUAGCCUCCAAUACAAACAGCUAAACAAAAUCAAGGGGAAAUGUAAAUGUUGCCAUGUUGAAUGUCUAGUCUCUACCACUGGACGGGUCAGUUUCUGGGCAGAAAAAUAAUGGAUUAUUUCAUCGAGCUACAUUUUUCAUGAUUUUUCUAUGGUAUAUAAUACUGUUCUGUAAAAAUAUUCUGAUAAGAGAAAUAAUAAAAUUUAUCUAAAAACCUGUA